AUGAAUUUAGCGAAAUUUGACGAUUUUGUGCGAUUAUCAAAUUUUUUCUAUAAAACAGUUGGCAUAAAACCCUAUGAGAAGCCGGACACCAUAAAAACGAGUUCCUUCCUGCAGAAUUUUGUAUUUUACGCAGGUACUCUUAAUUUGGUAAUCGCUUUAAUGGGAGAAUUCCUCUACGUUCUGAUAGCAUUCAAAAAUGGCACUAACUUUGCUGAAGCAACCAUGACAAUGUCUUACAUUGGCUUCGUUUCGGUUGGCCUAUUCAAAAUGCUAUCAAUUUGGUGGAAGAAGGAUGUACUCACAGCCUUUGUACGGGAACUUUUAGCAAUAUUUCCCAACACGGCACAACGGCAAGAACAGUACAAGUUGAAUAGUUAUUUACGCCAAUGUACCUUUGUCACGGUUGGAUUUUCACUGCUUUAUAUGAUACUCAUCUGGACAUAUAAUCUAUUUGCGAUGGUGCAGUAUCUGGUGUAUGAGCGUUGGUUGCAGUUACGCUUUGUUGGACGCAUGCUGCCCUAUUAUUUGUACAUACCUUGGAAUUAUGAAGAUAAUUGGAGUUAUUAUCUGCUCUAUGCAGCACUCAAUUUUGCUGGUUACACUUCAGCUUCUGGACAAAUCGCAGCGGAUUUGUUGUUAUGUGCUACCGCCACACAAGUGCUUAUGCACUAUGAUUUCAUUUCGAACUGCAUUGAGCAACACAAAAUAAAUACCAAAAAUAGUGGAAAGGAUAUGCUUUUUCUAAAGGACAUUAUUGCUUAUCAUGAAAAAUUGCUAAAUUUAUCUGAUAUGAUGAACGAUGUAUUUGGCGUCCCACUACUCUUCAAUUUUAUGACAUCGACUUUUGUGCUGUGCUUUGUGGGAUUUCAGAUGACAAUUGGCGUCAGUCCCGACAUGUUAUUUAAGCUGUUCCUGUUUUUAUUCUCCUCUACAGCACAAAUCUAUUUAAUCUGUUACUAUGGACAGAAGCUAAUGGAUGCAAGUAUGGGAGUUGCUCGUGCUGUUUAUAAUCAAAAUUGGUACAGCGCCGAUGUCCGAUAUAAGAAAAUGCUGGUGCUAAUUGCAAAACGUGCUCAAAAGCCAGCUCUACUCAAAGCUACUGUUUUCAUCAAUAUUUCGAAUGGUACAAUGGCAGACAUAUUUCAGAUGUCGUAUAAAUUUUUUGCACUACUGCGUACUAUGUAUUCGAAAUAA